UCGCAGGAGUUACUACAGCAAUUUCUGACCAGAUAGACUCAUUUUGGUCUAUCUGCUGUUGUGCACACAGUACAUUUAUUUGGACGGUCAAAAACCUAUCACUGGUUAUUCAAUCAAGAUGCCAGUGACAGGUCGAUCCAGGAGGGAUCGGAACAAUGUUCUGAACCGACCCGAGUUCAUAUCACUGAACCAGCCGUUAAGGACUAAUAGCGCAGAAGUUCGAGGGUCCGGCCGCAGGGCACCUAAACAGCAAUGUCAACACCAGGCGUCCGAGAGCGCUCCACAAGAGUCCUCCGAGAAUAACAAAGAGCGACGGGAAUCUAUCAAACUACCCGACGAGGAUUGCAUGCAGCUUAACCCGUCUUUUAAAGGCAUCGCUAUGAACUCACUCCUCGCUAUCGACAUAUGUAUGUCCAAGAGAAUGGGGAUCUGCGCGCACAGCACGUCUUCGUUCGGCAGCAUGCGCUCCAUGGUGAAACUGUUGGCCCUGACAGGCCAUGGCAUCCCCUGGGUCAUUGGCACGAUCUGGUGCCUGACCAGGAGCAACACGUUGGCAGGGCAAGAGGUUCUCAUUAACUUGCUUCUGGCGCUCCUGCUGGACAUCAUGACGGUGGCGGGGAUGCAGAAGCUGGUCAAGCGCAAAGGCCCCUGGGAGAUGACGCCCAGCUUCCUGGACUACAUGGCCAUGGACGUGUACGCGUUCCCGGCGGCCCACGCCAGCCGUGCCGCCAUGGUGAGCAAGUUCCUGCUGGCGCACCUGGUGCUGGCCGUGCCGCUGCGGAUCCUGCUGGUGCUCUGGGCCGUGCUGGCGGGCACCUCUCGCGUGCUGCUCGGCGGACACCACCUCUCGGACGUGGGCUUCGGCUUCGCCCUGGGCUACCUGCACUACACCCUGGUGGAGAUGGUGUGGCUCUCGUCCGCCACCUGCCAGACCAUCAUCGCCCUCGGCUCCUUCAGCUGGAUGCCCAUCUAGCCCCUCGGCACCACCCAAGCCCCAUCCAGCACCACCCAAGCCCCAUCCAGCACCACCCGAACCCCAUCCAGCACCAC